GUAAAUUGUAAAUUCCAACACAAUCGAUAAGUGUACAUUGGAUUGAUUGCAUGGAUUGCAUUCAUUACAUUCAUUACAUUCAUUAGGUAUUAGGAUUUAUUUGGGCUUGUAUAAAUUAGACCCGGUCUGGUGACACGACCCCAGUGACAUCACGAUUUAAUGCAUGAGUUUCGCUUUCACGAAAUCGCAUAAAAAGUGACGCGAAAUCCAAUUAAUUCUCUUAGUACAUUUAGCCGUUGCAUACGAUACGAGUUUCUUAGAUUCGAGUUUAUAAAAAUUGAUUUUUUAUACAAUUUAAUACCAAAAUGGAGUCUGGUAUUAAAGGAUUUUAUAAGGAAAAAGUAGUUUUUUUAACCGGUGCCACCGGGUUUUUGGGAAAAGUAAUAAUCGAGAAGCUCCUGCGGAGCACUGAUGUGAAACGAAUAUAUAUAAUGAUUAGAUCCAAACGUGGUAAAAACAUUCAGGAGCGUAUUCAGUCCUGGCAGACGGAGCCGCUGUUUGAAGUGCUACUCAAAUCAAGGCCGGAAGCCUUUGAGCGCUUGAUGCCCAUUCCCGGAGACUGCCUUUAUCCGGACCUGGACAUAAGCGACACGGACCGAAGGCUCCUGGCAUCAGAGGUGCAGAUCGUUCUUCACGGAGCAGCCACAGUCCGGUUCAACGAACCGUUGCAUGUGGCACUGGCCAUCAAUACUCGCGCCACGCGACUGAUGGUGCAGCUGGCCAAGCAGAUGAGACACCUGGAGGCCUUCUUGCACAUCUCCACAGCGUUCUCCAACUGCGUGAUCGAGCACAUAGAGGAGAAGUUGUAUCCCGAGCACUUGACUUGCAGCUCGGAGAAGGUACUGGAAAUGUGUGACCAGCUGAGUGAGGAGUUAAUGAACGACAUGACCCCAGCUCUGCUCGGAUCGUACCCUAACACCUACACAUACACCAAGGCCCUGGCAGAGGACGUGAUUCUUCGUGAAGCGGGCGACUUGCCGCUGUCCAUCUUUCGUCCAGCAGUUAUCAUGGCAAGCCACAAGGAGCCCGUCGCAGGCUGGAUCGAUAACCUCUAUGGACCCAUUGCCUUGAUUUACGGUGUCGCUCUUGGAGUUUUACGCGUCGCCAGCCUAAACACGGAGGCGUUCGCCAACCUAGUUCCUGUCGACUAUUGCGCCAACGUGGCGCUGGCCAGUACUUGGCAGACGUCUAAGAACAGGGUUCGGCACGAGAAAAUGCCACGGCCCAUAGUUUACACCCUGGCACCCACUGAACAGAACGCACUAACUAAUAGAGACUUUAUAAAUUAUGGUGUUAGCUUUCGAAGUCAAUUCCCCCUCACGAAGAUGAUCUGGUACCCCUUUCUUCAUUGCGUAAAAACUCCGUGGGUCUAUCAUUUCGCUGCUUUCUUCUAUCACAUCUUGCCGGGACACGUCUUCGAUCUGGUGCUGCGUCUUACAGGGCGGAAGCCCCGCUUGGUGAAAGUAUAUCGGAAGAUUCACAAAAAUAUGGACAUAUUACAGCCGUUUUUGCACAGAGCCUGGCACUUUGAAACCAAAAAUACGGAUCGCUUGCUUGAGCUUAUGUCCGCAGAAGAGCGCCGAGUCUACUACUUUGACAUGAAGGGUCUGGAUUGGAAUGAUUACUUCAGACAUGCCUUGCUGGGCAUGCGGCUAUAUCUGGGGAAAGAAGCACCAACAUCGGAGUCUAUUGAAAAGGGUCUGCGGCUAUUCGAACGAUUGAAGAUGUUGCACUACAGCCUUCAAGUGGCAUUAUGCUGUGUGGCAGGACUCCUUUUGUGGUGGCUCCUUAAGAUCUUAGUCUUUUCUAUUUGAUGCUCGUAGUAUAUCCAAAUGGUGUGUUAGAAGAAAUAAAUACUUCCCUUUGAAUGAAGCUCAAUUGGU